CAGGCGCAGCUCGUUGGCCCUCCAGCCGGCGAGGCGGGUCCCUCGCAUGGAUUCAGAUAGCGAAGAUAGUGAAAAUGAAAGCGGCCUCGGAAACGUCACUCGGGUGGUCAUGCGACCUCCAGGUCACAGUGGGAAGGCUAAAAGAGGUCAUCUUUGUUUCGAUGCCUCCUUUGAAACAGGUAACCUGGGGCGUGUGGACCUGAUAAAUGAAUACGAGUAUGAUUUGUUCAUCCGGCCUGACACUUGCAAUCCUCGCCUUCGCUUCUGGUUCAAUUUUGCCGUCGAUAACGCACGCAUCGACCAGCAUGUCAUCUUCAACAUAGUCAACAUAAGCAAGAAAAGGAAUUGUUUCCAGCUUGGUAUGACGCCUUUAAUAAAAUCGACCAGCAGAAAUAAAUGGCAGAGAAUGCCGAACAAGUUCGUACAUUACCACCGGUCCAUCUACCACCAGAACAAUUACAUCCUGUCCUUGAUAUUUGGGUUCGACCGAGAGGACGACAGCUACCAGUUUGCGCUUACGUACCCGUAUUCAUAUUCCAAAUGUCAGUUGCACCUGGAGCUAAUUGAGAAGAGGAAAGUGCCCCACUUCACACGGGAGCUACUUGGAACAUCCGUUCAAAAUCGGAGGCUGGAUCUACUAACAAUCACACACCCUAAAAACAUGGUGGCAGCUGAAAAAUUGAGGGUCAUAAUUAUCUUGGGUAGAAUACACCCCGGAGAAUCGCCUACAUCAUACGUUUGUCAAGGAAUCAUCGAUUUCUUGAUUAGCAACCAUCCGAUUGCGCAGACUUUGAGAGAGCAUGUUGUUUUCAAAAUCAUCCCCAUGAUGAACCCUGAUGGUGUCUUCCUUGGAAAUUACAGGUCAACUCUGAUGGGCAUUGAUCUAAACCGAGCGUGGCAUCAAGUCUCCGAGUGGAUUCAUCCGACUCUACAUGCUACUCUUUCUUUCAUCAAUUCCUUGCAUCAAGACAAGAAUUUGGAAUUAGAUUUCAUAUUGGACCUCCAUGCUCAUUCAAGUUUGAAGGGCGUGUUUGUGUAUGGGAACACAUACGAUGACGUGUACAGGUUUGAAAGGCACAUCGUGUUUCCAAAACUUCUGGCACAAAAUACAGACUGUUUUGCACCUCAGAAUACUAUGUUCAAUCGGGACUCCAACAAAGCAAACACAGCAAGGAGGUAUCUCUGCGACGUCCUAAAGGACAGUGUCAAUUGUUACUCAGUUUUGGUUUCCUACUACGGCUACAACCACCCUGUCACCAAUGAACACAUCUCUUUCACAGAGGAAUCUUACUAUCGGCUCGGCCGUAACAUCGUUCAAACCUACCUCGAAUACUACAAAGUAACCGGCGUGAUCCACGUGACGGAGCAGCCCAAGACGAAGGUCAAAGUUCGCAAAUCUCCUCUCCGAUUCGGCCGGAGCUCGCACCGGAAGUCCCGGACGAGGAAAAAGAAGAGACACCUGAAGCCGGAACCGAGGAAGAAGGAAACUUCGGCAAGCGACACGAAUGCGACUUCUGGAGACGAAAAUGAAGCAUCCUGUAGCAGCAGCAGCGAGGACGACGGAUCCCCAAGCGCGGUUCCCUGGCGCCCUGUCCCCCGCAUCAGGCCACACACGUGUCUCCCCCCUCGGCCCCCGAAAAUCGAAGUCGAGGAGCCCCUGAGAACUGCUGAGCUGCCACCUUUGUCACCUCCGAAAUUGUCAAUUAUAGAUUUCAAUAAUCUUACCAGGCUCGGUGUGGAUAGGGCGAAUGGGAGAGGCAAAUCCAGGAAAAAACGCAAAUGACGAGGAGCCCCUGAGAACUGCUGAGCUUCCACCUUCGUCACCUCCGAAAUUGUCUAUUAUAGAUUCCAAUAAUCUUACCAGGCUCGAUUUGGAUAGGGCGAAUGGGAGAGGCAAAUCCAGGAAGAAAACGCAAAUGAACAUUGGAAAAUAUAGAUUUGGGUGUAGGGUACACGCCAAAUGAGGGGCUCGGAGGACAAGGCGCAUAAAUGCAGUUUUUGCCGUUUCGAGAAAUACGUGUUUGCAG